UACAGUGAUGAGGGUGAAAGUGCUGUCCCGCAAUUCGUUUGAUUAUGCUAGAGAGACCAAGUCUGAUAUUCAUCGAAUUCAUCGAAAUUUAGAUCCCGCACUGCAUCAGUUGGAGAGUGCGAGAGAGUACCAAAGAGCUAUAAACGCUGCCAAGUUGGAGUCAGUGUUCGCUAAACCAUUCGUUGGCUCUUUGUCUGGUCACGCGGAUGGCGUUUAUUGUAUGGCAAAGCAUCCCUGUAGAGUUUCCUGCUUUGUGUCAGGAUCUUGUGAUGGAGAAAUUCGCGUUUGGAACCUUACCAGACAACGGUGUAUGCACAAGUUCUCUGCGCACAGUGGUUUUGUUCGAGGAGUUGUACUCAAUACAACAGGACAAACCAUUAUUUCGGUUGGAGAUGACCAGACUAUUAAAUACUGGCCAAUUGAAAGUUAUAACCUAACUGGCAGUCAAGAACCAUUAUCGACUGUAGUAGGAAAUAUGGUAUUCACUGGAAUUGAUCAUCACUGGACAAAACCCAUUUUUGCAACCAGUAGCAGCCAAGUUGAUAUUUGGGAUGAGACGCGGUCAGAACCAUUACGGUCACUAGUGUGGGGGGCUGAUGGAAUCUCUAGUGUUAGGUUUAGUCCUGUUGAGAGGAAUAUCUUGGCAAGUACAGGAUCAGAUCGGUCUAUUGCCCUGUAUGACAUCAGAGGAGUUAAUCCUUUAAGAAAGGUUGUUUUGGACAUGAGAAGUAAUUCAGUUACAUGGAAUCCAAUGGAGGCUUUCAACUUUACUGCUGCCAGCGAAGACAGCAAUUUAUACACAUUUGAUAUGAGGCGUCUGGAUCAGGCUCUCUGUGUUCAUAUGGAUCAUGUUGGAGCUGUUCUUGAUUGUGAUUAUGCUCCUACGGGAAAAGAAUUUGUUUCUGGAGGUUUUGACCGCACUAUUCGAAUAUUUCCAUAUAACAAAGGACAUAGCAGAGACGUGUAUCAUACCAAGAGAAUGCAGCGAGUCUUUUGUGUGAAGUGGACUUGUGACAACAAGUUUGUUCUUUCUGGCAGUGAUGAAACAAACAUUAGACUUUGGAAAGCUCAAGCCUCCGAAAAGCUUGGUUCGCUUGCUCCACGCCAAAGAGCUGCCUUAGAUUAUUCCUACAAGCUGAAAGAGAAGUACAAAGAGCAUCCGCAAGUGAGGAGAAUAUUGAGGCAUAGGCAUGUUCCAAAGCUUGUGUACAAGCAAGGAAAAGAAAAGAAAAUAAUGAUGCUUUCAAGGCAACGAAAACAAGAGAAUGUUCGUCGACACAGUAAACCAGAUAAACUACCCUCAAGGCAACCUGAAAGGAAAAAACACAUAGUGUCUGUUGUAGUGUAACUAUUCGAAUACUGCAGUAGAUCUUGUAUGUGUCAGGUGGUAAUGUUCUUGCAAUUGCCUUACAAAGGUAGGUUUACUGUAAGCCUAGCGUUACAGUUCUUCUCAA